AUGAAUCAAAACGAUCCCUUUGAGUCUGCAUUGAGUUCAAUGGCUGCAACGAAUGUGAUUAUUGGUGACAACAUUGCUGUAAGAGAACUUAUUGGUAGAAUAGGCAAUUCGCCUCCGGAGCGCAAACUGUCAAUGCUGGAUCAUCAGAUCUCCCGAGGGAAUUUCCCAAUGAAUGGAAAUCGAUUUUCAUCUCCUCCCAGUUCUGCACCAUUUCCUGCGGAUCUGGGAUUUGCAGAUAGGUCUGCGAGAUUUUCUUGCUUUGCUAACAAGAAUUUAGGGGCAGUGAUGAAUGCCCAACUCGGAUCAACUGAAGCCGAAUUGCUUCACAGAUCGGCAACAAGUUUGGAACAUGGCAAGAAUUCGAGCUAUCAGUCUGAAAAGGCUGAAUUUUGUGAAUCAAGGGAGAAUUCUUCGAUCUCUGAACGGAUCUCAGGUAGGGAAGUUGGAACAAAUAAUGCAAAUGACAGAAAGAGGAAAGCAAUUCGAAGGGGAAAGGCAAAAGCAAUCCCUUCAUCAAAUUCUGCCAAUGUUUCAUCAGAAAAUAGUGGAUCAAGUGCAAAAAGAAGCAAGCCAGGUGAUGACAAAGGUUCAGAUCCUCCAAAGGACUAUAUUCAUGUUAGAGCCAGAAGAGGCCAAGCUACAGAUGCCCAUAGUCUUGCUGAAAGAGUUCGAAGAGAGAAGAUCGGUGAAAGAAUGAAGUUCUUACAAGAUCUUGUGCCGGGUUGCAACAAGGUGACUGGGAAAACUGUCAUGCUUGAUGAGAUUAUAAAUUACGUGCAGUCUUUGCAGAGACAAGUUGAGUUCCUUUCAAUGAAAUUGGCUAAUGUGAAUCCUACCAUAGACAUCAAUAUGGAAGCUCUUUUGUCUAAGGAUAUGUUUCAAUCUCGUGGAGCGAUUCAUGAUAACCUACAGCCGUUGGAUACCUAUCCUUUCCAAUGUCAACAAGCACCAAACUUGCACAGUGUCGUCCCUAGUCAAAUUGAUGCCUUCCCAACAAGCCAUUUCAAUGAUGCCACGGGUCGAAAUCAGAGCAAGCAACAGCUUCCUGUGGACAAUUUUCGCGAAGCGGUUUCGACAUUCUGGGAAGAUGAUCUCCAUAGCCUUGUUCAGAUGGGAAUUGGUCAAAAUCAGACACAAAGUUUUCAUGGAUUCUCUCCACGGCACAGAAGAAAGCUGAACGAUGAGUAA